UCUCCAGUAUACAUAAAGUCCUCCUCAUACUACCUAUAGUAUAAAGUGUAUACAGUAUAUAAAGUGUAUCCAGUCUAGGUGUAGCCGCCAUAGAGUGGUGGGUUAGGUGAGCCGAGGUGUACGGACAUACAGUAACCCAGUGUCCCCUUUUUUCCACCCCCCCUCCCCCUGGACAGUAGGCGGAGCCAGCAAUCAUUAACAGUGCGGCCCCCAGGAGUCCAGCACCGAGCGCUAGAGCUUUAAAUACUCUGCCAAUAGCUGUGCCAGUCUCAGUCACCAUCCACUACCAGUCUGACCGAGCCUCAGCCUUCACUGCCAGCCUUAGCCUCUACUACCAGUCUGAGAGUGCCCUUCACUGCCAGCCUGACGGUGCCCACAUGCUCCACCACUGCCCGCCUGACCGUGCCCCAGCUCCUCAACUAGUCUGAUCAAACUGCCAGUGCCCCCGGCCUCUGUGCCCCAGCCUCCGCUGCCAGCUUUUACCUGACUUCCAUUCUGUCCCGGACACUACAGAAGAGAACUGCACGGACGUUGUGGUCAGCAACAUUGACAUCCAGACAUGGAACAACCUCUGCAGACAGAAAUGGUGGAUAUGGGGCUUUGUGAAAAACCCAAUGGAGUACUGAGAACGGAGACACCAGAGCCAAGCUACUCUGCAACUGAAAACCAAGAGCUUGAAGAGUUCCUACCUCAUGUCUCUAGAAAAGAGAAACAGCGAUUCACAGAUUUCGAGGGGAAGACGUCGUUCGGAAUGUCCAUCUUUAACCUAAGUAAUGCCAUCAUGGGUAGCGGCAUCCUGGGAUUGGCAUAUGCAAUGGCUAACACGGGUGUUCUUCUCUUUGUGUUUCUACUCACGGCUGUGGCUCUGCUGUCCACAUAUUCUAUUCACCUGCUGCUCAAGUCCUCCGGCAUCGUAGGGAUACGGGCGUAUGAGCAGUUGGGCUACAAAGCCUUUGGGACACCUGGAAAGUUGGCUGCUGCCAUUGCCAUAACGCUACAGAAUAUUGGAGCCAUGUCCAGCUACCUGUACAUUGUGAAAUCAGAGCUGCCCCUAGUCAUCCAGACAUUCCUAAACCUCAAAGAGAAAACUACGGACUGGUACAUGGACGGGAAUUAUCUAGUUAUUAUAGUAUCGGCCUCCAUCAUCCUGCCACUGGCAUUAAUGAAACAGCUUGGUUACCUCGGAUAUACCAGUGGCUUCUCCCUCAGCUGUAUGGUGUUUUUCUUGUGCUCUGUUAUAUAUAAAAAGUUCCAGAUUCCGUGUCCGCUGUCCUGCGACAGCAUGAAUGCCACAAUGUUUGGGAACACGAGUGUGAUAGCAGUUCAUGUAGAUGCAGUAGAACCAGAGCAUGAAAAAUUCUCAGCCAAGAUGUUCACACUGAAUUCACAGACGGCGUACACCAUUCCCAUCAUGGCUUUUGCAUUUGUGUGUCACCCCGAGGUCCUUCCUAUAUACACAGAGUUAAAGGAUGCUUCCAAAACGAAGAUGCAGCGAGUGUCUAAUAUCUCCAUUGCUGUCAUGUAUUGCAUGUAUUUCCUGGCCGCACUGUUUGGAUACCUCACCUUCUAUGACUGCGUGGAGUCGGAGCUUCUGCACACUUACAGCAAAGUAGAUCCAUUUGACAUCCUGAUUCUAUGUGUACGUGUGGCUGUUCUCACUGCUGUCACCCUCACUGUGCCCAUUGUGUUAUUCCCGGUCCGUCGUGCUAUACACCAUAUGCUCUUCCAGAACAAGGAGUUCAGCUGGAUCCGACACAUAAUCAUUGCUGUAGUACUGCUCACACUCAUUAACCUGCUGGUUAUUUUUGCUCCCACCAUACUGGGAAUAUUCGGCAUCAUUGGCGCUACUUCUGCCCCGUGUCUGAUCUUCAUCUUCCCUGCCAUCUUUUACAUUCGCAUAGUGCCCAAAGACAAGGAGCCCACCAAAUCACCACCCAAAAUCCUGGCUGCCUGCUUUGCGGGCCUUGGAGUUCUCUUCAUGAUCAUGAGUCUCAGUUUUAUCAUCAUCGACUGGGCAACUGGAGGGAGUAAAAGCAGCGGAAGUCACUAAACUCUCCCUGUAGACCAACCUGACAUCCUGCACCCCUCUUCAACCCCAGGACUUUACAUUGCACAGUCAUUACGCUGCUGGGACAUCAGACAGGACAUGAAGCUUCAGUUUUCUUACAUUUUUGUGCUCUGUGAGGGGGUUCUAUUGUCCAUGAUGGGAUAGGACGCUGUAUUCUUGAUCUUCCUGCACACAAAUAGGUUGGGAGAGAAAUAUUUAUAAUGGAACCAACAUAUCAACUCAAUAUCUCGUUUGGAUGUAAGGUCCUGCUCCUCUUUCCCUUUCAUAACCUAUACUUCCAGUUCCUGUGUGGUGCUAAUGCAGGGACAGUAAUUUUGUAACAGAGUCCUAGAAUAUUUCUUCCACAUAUGAUGGAUACAUUGGUGACCAGGCAGCCAAGCUUAGAUAGGGGCUUGUGAUUAUGGGUUUCUGGUGGUCUAUAGAGAAUAAAGACUUUCACCUCUGCAGGAGUCAGGGAUUAUACAAGACCUGGGACUAAUGACAAAGAAUCUUGGAAGAUGAUGGAUAUAACAUGCUGGUAUCAGGAGAAUCAUAUUACGUCAUCACCCAGACAUUCAUAGAGAAAAACACAUGGCGCCUGGUCCAUGACAGAUGAAUGGAGGUGUAGAUCUGAUAGAGCCUGACACAAGGGUCAAGUGAACCAAAGUCUCCAUUAAUUGCCUUAUAGUUGUAGGGGGGUUCUUAUUUAGAGGGGGCCCGGUGUGAAGGUAGUUGAGAGGAAAUCAUCUCAAGACACCCUGCUGAGGUGGUUGAGCCUGGGGAGGAGUUUGAAAAGGGUGCUGCUGGGAAUUGCAUGUUAGACAAAAGGCAUUCUGUAUAAAAUCCAGUCACGUUUGUGGUCGCUGACAGCCUCACGGGGGCUUCUGUGUCUCAUUCCCGCUCUGUCCCAGUCAGUGAUCUGCGCCUCUUCAAUGAAACUCAGCAAAACAAUCGGAAACUAUUUUAUAUUCUGUAGAAGUUCCUGCAAGUGGAAGGAGACCAGGGACAGCUUGACAGGAGCCAAACAUGCCAGCCUCAAAGCCAAAAUCUAGUAACCCCUUCAGUGCCUGAGAGUGGGUGGUGGGAGGCUCUGUGCAAACAUUUAGUCAUGUGUCGUUAUCCUGCAGAGGGUGGGGGGCGAUGAUUCUUCUUGCAGCCAAUAACAUGGAUUCUCUGUAACACACUGAUAACCAUCAACAAACAUGUCAUGUAAUGUGACGCCAAUGUCACACACAACCACCUCUUCCAGCUACCCUGGAUUUGGAAGGAUUCCAUUUGACUGGCCACAGUGGGGUACAUUCAGUGCUGCCGGAUGGAAAUAAGGAAACACACCAGGAGAUCUUUUUCAUCAGAAAUCACGACCCAAUGUCAGGGCAUUUUUAUUGUGUGACAUGUUAAAAAAAUACAGGCGCAUGCGAUCUAUUUUCCCCUGAUAAGAUCCAUUGCAGGCUGGUAUAAUGUUGUUAAAUGAAAUGGGUGACAUGAAGUACAGAAACUUACCUGCCGUCUUAUAUGAUCAUUACUUUAUGUUACAUAUCUAACAUACCUUUACUGUUGUGUUCUCCAGACUACGAGGGUUACUAGCUCUUUAAGUGUGCAUUCUAUGCAGUAUAGCAGUUCUCCACCAUAAAUCCACAGAACACCAAACACAACAACAUCAACCAGAACCGAACAUAAAUCAAAUCUAAAAGCAUACCUGCUUCCAUUAUAAUCAGGUUCUGAUUCCUCUUCAAAUUCAUGAUAUUCAUUGUCGGCCUGUAGCCAGCAGACAAUAACGGUGUGGGGUUUAUGGAUACAUAUGAUACCCUGACUACAUAGAAUGCUCAUACUCUAUCCAGAAACUUGUACAAUGGAACAAAGUAAAUGGGUGGAGUAACCCUUUAAUUGUAUGAACAAGAUCAGGACCCUGUACAGGAGCAAAAGGUUAGUAAAUGGGGCAGGGCUACAACCUGCAUUAGUUUUAAUGAUAAAUAAAGAUUAAGAGUGUCACCAUUCUGCAUCAUAGUAAGAUGGGCUAUGUAUGCUGCCAAAUCGUGACCGAGCACAGUGUAACCUGCAUCCACUCCAAGGUGGGCGCUUACUGACGACCUCAUCACUAUGAGACUUUGUAAACUGUAAUUUAAUAUUUUGUUCUUAUUUUUACAUUUUGUAACUACUUUGUAUUAAUAUAUAGUAGACUUUUUGGCCCCUCCCCGGCCUGUUCUCAAAGGUUGGAGGGGCAUCUGUAAGGUUCACUGGUAACAUUCUAAAUUAUAUUAGUAUUUUGGGGAGAAGGGAACACUUUCUACCAGAGAAUUUAUUGAAUCUUUAUAUGUGAAAAUAAAAUACAACAUCA